AUGAUCUUCGACUUCAAAUCCAUCGUCCUCUACGGACUGGUAGCCCUUGCCCAUGCCUCUCCAGUGCCCGAGCUCAGCAAGCGCGCCAAGCUCAGCGACUUCCAAUGCCCCGACGGCACCACCCUGUCUGAACAUGACAUCCGUGAGGCCUACCACGAGUGCCGCAGGCUCAACGACGGGUCCAUCGGCAAGUACCCAUUCAAAUUCGGCAACAAGAGCGGCGGCGCGAAGGUUUUCAGCAAUAUUCCCGACGGAACUGAUCUACGAGAGUUCCCCAUCAUCGAGGGUGGAACAUACAGUGGCGGUGUGCCCGGCGCGUACCGUGUGGUCACAGACUACAAGGAUAACCGGGGCGACUUCCGCGGUGUGAUGCAGCAUACCGGUCCAACCAUGGGUGGCGCCUAUACGGCCUGCACGCGCGUAGACACCAAGAACAAAGACGACAAGAAGGACAAGAAAGACAAGCGCAGCGUUCAAGUGACUGAUUCCGUCGAUGAGACCGUUGAUAUCGCCGAGGAAUCUACCGACCACACUGCCAGUGACCUGGCCACCCGCAGCAAGAAGAAGAAGAUCGGUAGCGCUUCCUGCCCUGAUGGUGCCACGUUCUCCAAGGACGAUGUCGGCAAUGCGUUCACAGAGCUCAAGAAAAACGAUGACUAUGGUGUCGGCGGUUAUCCGCACGGGUUUGGUAAUAUGAGCGGUAAUCAGCAGGUCUUUGAGGGUGUCACCAGGGCCUUGCGCGAGUAUCCUCUUCUUGCAGGCGCAACUUGGACUGGCGGCGAACCCGGCAAGUAUCGUAUUGUUGCUGACUACAACAACAAAUUUGCUGGAGUGAUGAUUGAAAGUGCUGGUGCUUCUUUCACGCGCUGCACUGUCAAUUCUGAUUAG